AUGUUUGCAGUACCAGGUUGGUCCGUCUCAGCGGACAAGCUGAAGUCGGAGAUCACAAACUCAGCUGCAAAUGGUGAUCCAUCCGCACCAAAGCCCAAGAAGCGCAAGAGACCUGGACGGACAAAUGAAAACGUCACGGCCGCCAACGUCGCUGACCUCUGGGAAAGAGUGAUAGAGCACAAGGAUGUGCCGAAGAAAUCGGCUGAAAAGAAGCCUAAGGACGAGAAGGAAAAGCAGGAAAAGCGUGAGAAGAAGCGCCAAAAGACCGAAUCUACUCAAGACACAAUUCCGAAGAAGGAUUCUGUGAAGUCACCUAAGCAGGUUAACUCGGCUAGCAAGUCAGAGCACAAGUCUGAAAAGAAGCAGAAGAGAGAAAAGAAGGACAAGAAGAAGAAGCACCAUGAUGAGAGCAAGUCCAAAGAGCAGCCAGACGCCCAAGCCACCUCACCGCAGGCUCAGCAACUCGUCCCAGCACCGAAGCCGGCACCGAAACUGACGCCUUUGCAAGCUUCUAUGCGCGAGAAGCUUGUGUCUGCUCGAUUCCGGCACUUGAACGAGACUUUGUACACCCGACCAUCCGCCGAGGCCUACCAGCUCUUCCAGGACUCGCCCGAGAUGUUCCAGGAGUACCACGAGGGCUUCCGCCGCCAGGUCGGCGUGUGGCCCGAGAAUCCCGUGGACGGCUACAUCGCCGACAUACGGCAGCGCGGGCGCGCGCGGUACCCUCCCAAGGACCAGCACCGGCGGCACCACGCUCCGCACCAGGCGGCGCGGGGCGGCGCGCAGCCCCUGCCACGGACGGACGGGACGUGCGUGAUCGCGGACCUGGGGUGCGGCGACGCGCGGCUGGCGUCGGAGCUGCAGGCCGACAAGCGCAAGCUGCGGCUCGAGGUGCUCAGCUACGACCUACACAGCCCGGCCGAGUUCGUCACCAAGGCGGACAUUGCCAACCUGCCGCUCGCCGACGGCGCGGUCGACCUGGCCAUUUUCUGCCUCGCGCUCAUGGGCACCAACUGGGUUGAUUUUGUCGAGGAGGCGUACCGCGUGCUGCGGUGGAAGGGCGAGCUGUGGAUCGCCGAGAUCAAGAGUCGCUUCGGCGCCGUGGGAGGUGGCAAGAAGGGCGGCGGUGGCCCGGGCAAGGUGGUUGAGCACAGCGUCGGGAACCGCAAGAAGGCCGCCGCGGCCGGGAAGAAGGGCAAAUCCAAGGAUGGUGACGACCCCGAAGCAAACGAGACGGAGCUCGCGGUUGAAGUUGACGGCGUCGAGGACAAGCGUCAGCAGACAGACGUGUCCGCCUUUCUCGAAGCUCUUCGGAAGCGGGGCUUUAUCCUACAAGGCGAGGCUGAGGAAGCGGUUGACCUUAGCAACAAGAUGUUUGUCAAAAUGCGCUUUGUCAAGGCACUAUCACCGGUCAAGGGCAAGGGGGUGGCGGCUGCUAAGGCGAGAGAAGCAGCGUUCGACGGGCAGAGGAAGAUGAAGAAAAAGUUCAUCGAAGAUGAAGCCGACGGAGAAGUCAACGAGGCAAAAAUCCUGAAGCCAUGCGUGUACAAGAUCCGUUAA